AUGGUCAACUACAAAAACGAUGUGCUGUUUUUGCUCUGUGCAGCCCAUACAAAAUUGAGUUUGUCGAAUAAUCAGGUGACACCAAAAUACAGUGACAAAGUUUGUCACUUUCCACUGAAAACAGCCAAAGUUAAUAACCUUUCAUUGGCACAGCUUUGUCUGAAUCUAACCAUGAACGUCUACUCUGUCUUCUUGUUCGCUAUUCUCGCCGUUUCUGCCGUCUCGGGACACCGUUGCCGUGGAAAUUCAUAUGGAGGUGGAGGCCGUGGAGGCGGUGGAAUCAUCAUUGGAUCCAAGAAGGAGUAA